AUGUUUGCCUCUUACUAUAAUCCAGUGGAAUCUGAAUACCUCUCUGAAAAAUGUUCUCAAACUUCAAAUUUUAAAUUUGCACCUCAAAAUAAUUCUUCAUGUUCUUCACGAAGUCAUCAUCGUUCUGAAUCUUAUUACAAUUCUUGUUCAAUAUUUAAUUUAGUUUCAAAAUUAUCAGAUAUUGAACAAAAACGUAAAAAGGCAGAAUUUGAAUUAGAACAACGAGAAAAAUUACGAAUGAAACAGGAACAAAUUCAUAAAUUAUGUGCAGAAAAGGAAAAAAAGUUACGAGAGAGAGCAAAACAACAGUCAUUACAGAAACAAGAACAAAAUAGAGAUGCAUUAAGAAAAUUUUAUGAACUACAAAUAGUAGUGGCACUUAUAGUAGUAUGA